AUGACGAUUACCCCGCCUUCCGAGAAAGUCAUUGUAGAUUUUCGGGAGACUGAGGGUGAUUCAUUUGUUUAUGGAUUCGGAAAGAUUCUUCCGAGAUGUCCUUUUUUAUUUCAAGUCCCUAUGAAAGAAGAAUCAAGAUUGUUUUCAAAUAAGAAAAAAGAUUCGUAUUUAACUCUGCAAUGCAACAGAUUCCACGUCGAAGAAGGAUAUGAUGAUCUUGAUUACGGAGAAACUUUACCUUAUGCAUUCACGGCUGCUGCAGAAAAUUUUCUCGAUAAAACGUCAAUAAAAGAAUUUACUUGCUCAAUAUGUGGCUAUCAUGGACCACGCUCAGAUGUUGUAUCUCAUAUUAUUACAACUCAUCCAAAUCAAAUUCGAAAUUUCUUAGAGCCUCAACUUGAAUUUUUGGACGAUGACGAUAAGCCAUUCUUUGGCCUUUUCACGAAGUGCCAAUUUGAUUCGCUUAUUUCUAGUCCAACAAAGCCAUACGUUUUAAAUCGUGGUCAAAGUGGCAAUAUUUGUGCUCCUAUUCUCAAUUACCUCAGCGAUUCGGAAGAAUCAGAAUCCGAGAAUGAAGUUAACGAUGUAGAUUUACGCGUAAACCAAAAGUUUUCAGAUCCAUUAUACAGAACAGAGCAAAUCCGAGUACAAUACCACGAUACUGAUAUACCGCCUCUUACUGUCUUCGCCAAAGACCACAUACCUCAAUUCCUCAAGAACGAUGACGAAGAAUCUGAUGAAACCACUCGACUUGAGAAAAUCGACAAAGAAGAUUUCGACCGGAAAGAUCUCAUCUUACAGUCCACUAAUGAAUACUACAUGCCUCAAACCGUCACACAACCAAAGAAUCCGCCACAAGUUGUCGAAGAAAACAAAAAACCACAAAUUGAAGACAUCGACGACCUGAUGCGCAAGAUGAAAGAGGAAGAAGAAGCAGAACUCCUUGAGGCACAAAAGGCUGAAGAGCCUCCGAAGCCUGUUUUCAUUGAAUUUUUGUCAACAAUUCCAUCAGAUGUAAUUGAUGAGAUUGUUGAAGACAUUUCCCAGAAAUUCAUCACAGAAUAUGUUGAUUCUCAGUUGGCUUCUUACGUAAAGCCUAUUUUCACCAACGAAAAGAAGGCCUACAACAAGAGAACAAGAGAAGAAAAAAUGAACCGUCAAAAACUCGAAAGAAAGAUGAGAGAAAGAGAAAUGAAAGAACGCAGACAAGAAGCAAUUUCCAAUGUAGCUACUAAGAUAGCAAAUCCUUUAAUAAGACAAUUCGUCAGACAAGAAAUUGCUGAUGUAUUUAGAACUGAAGUUGACAAAUUAAAGGACAUGCAAAAUGAUAAUAGACCAAAGAAGAAAACAGGUAAUUUGUUGCCAGUCGUAGUCAGCGGAUUAACUUCUCCAAGACAUUUGGACAUUGACUUUUUAUCGAAGUUUUUUUCGAAUUUGCAGUUCUUGUUGGACGAAGACAAGAAACCUUUGAUAAGAUUCAGAGUUAGAUACAGAAGAUUUGAAGCUCUUCUUUAUCUUGCAAAUGAAGGUGAAGUUUCGAAGGCAUUGGCAAUGAAUCCUCUGCAAAUCGAAUACACAAACGCUUUGUUGGAAGAGGAUAAAGAAUUACCUCCAGAGAACUGUUGGACAGCAUUUACAAACCAAAAGAUAUUGGAAAUGUCACCAGCUAAGAACUUAGAUGGAUUGCAUAACAAUGGCGGAAGUUUGUCUUAUGAACAAAUGUCUGGAUUAUGUGAUUUAUUGUCUGUUAAUAACAUAGAAUAA